AUGGCAUCUGAGUUUUUGGUGGUGCACAAUAGUGGACCAUUUUUUUCAUUGAAGGAUAAAGAAUUUAAACGAGCAUCAAAUAAAUAUCCCGAUUUAAAUAAUGAUUCAAAUAUCACUUAUGAAGCACAAACUGCCUCAGCAACAAUGGACAUUGGUGGAAAUAACUACUUUGAUAAUGAAACAAUCCUAAAACAAUUUGAACGUCUAUUUCAGCUAUUAUAUUUUAAAGUAGCUUACAAAGAUCACGAUUUUGUUUGUCUUGUUGACAACGCCCGUACACACACAGCAGCUGAAUACAGUGUUAAUGAUUUUGCUAUGAAGCCUGGUGGACGGGAACGUAGCCAAUCGUCGAAUGACUAUUGGUCGAACGUCAGCUCGUCGAAUAAUAUUUCGUCGAACGACAUUUUGUCGAAUGUUAAUUCGUCGAAUAAUUUUUGGUCGAAUGACUUUUCGUCGAAUGUUAAUUCGUCGAAUGACGUUUUGUCGAAAAUAUUAAAAAUAUUUCUCAAAUUACUACUUGAUUUAGAAAAUAAUAGUGAAGGAUAG